AUGAGGAUCGCCCUGUGCUGUAUAUUCUUCUCUCUCGUUGCAUGCAAGUCUACUGCAUCUGAAAAUAUCUACGUAUGGCCAAAGCCCAUCUCUGUAGUUAGGGGAAUUAAAGGCGAAUUCAAGAUUCCGUUGUCUUCGGCCUUUCAAAUCUCGUUUCCCAAUCAUACAAGCCUUGCAAAGGCAGUCUCCCGCUACAAAACCAUCAUCUGGAAAAGCCCAUGCUAUUCCAUCCACUCACCCGACGCUGCAGUACAAUCCACACCCCUUUUUUCCACACCGUUAAAUCAGCUCAAUGUGCUGGUCCGCAAUCUCAACGCCGACCUGCAGCACGGCGUCGAUGAGUCAUACAAUCUCACCGUUCCCUCCGACGGAACGCCCGCCACUUUAUCAGCGCAGACGGCAUGGGGAGCCAUUUGGGGGUUGGAGACUUUCUCACAGCUGAUCGGCGCCUACAACGCCACUUCCUAUUACCCUCUCCUCAUCCCCAGCGCUUUGACGAUCGUGGACUACCCGAUAUUCCCUCACAGAGGAAUUAUGCUGGAUACAAGCAGGAAUUUUUAUACGGUGAAAGAAAUUCUGAGGACCAUCAGGGCCAUGAGCUACAACAAGCUCAAUGUCUUCCACUGGCACAUAACCGACUCGCAUUCAUUUCCGAUCGAGUUGCCUUCCGAGCCUGCCCUGGCGCAAAAAGGAUCGUACCCUGGCAUGACGUAUACAACCCAAGAUGUGCGUGCAAUAAUCGAAUAUGGGCGAAACCAUGGCGUCCGUGUCAUCCCAGAAAUUGACUCUCCAGCGCAUACGUUGUCAUGGGCCAAGGCCUAUCCAGAGAUCAUGACGUGCGCGAACACAUUCUGGUGGAAGCCCGGGAGCAGCUGGGGAGACCGAACGGCCUCAGAGCCAGGACCCGGUCAUCUCAAUCCUCUUCACCCUAAAACAUACAAAGUAGUAAAAAAUGUCGUAAAUGAUGUGGCUUCCAUGUUCCCUGAUCAUUUCUAUCACGGUGGCAACGAUGAAAUCAUCCCCGGCUGUUGGAAGGCAAACGCAGAGAUCCAGAAAUUCCUAAGCGAGGGAGGAACCCUCAGCGAGGUGCUCGAGAAAUUCGUGAACACGACUCACCCUUUUAUUACUGCCCACAACAAGACUGUAAUAUAUUGGGAGGACGUGCUACUGGACGCAACCAUAAAGGUAAGAGCAGAUCUUCUUCCGAAAGAAACCACCAUUCUUCACACCUGGAACAACGGCCCCAACAAUACAAAGCUCAUUACUUCAGCAGGCUACCGAGCCAUCGUUUCGUCGUCAGAUUUCUACUAUUUAGACUGUGGCCAUGGUGACUUCGUGGGCAAUGACAGCCGCUAUGAUGAGCAGAUUGCCGACGACCCAGGGAAUCCUUUCAACUAUGCGGGAGGCAAUGGCGGGUCAUGGUGUGGGCCCUUCAAGACUUGGCAACGAGUUUAUGAUUACGAUAUCACUUAUGGGCUGAGUGAGGAGGAGGCAAAGCUUGUUUUAGGGGGAGAGGUGGCCCUCUGGUCCGAACAAGCUGAUGGGACUGUUUUAGAUGCUCGACUUUGGCCCAGAGCUUCUGCCAUGGCGGAGACAUUGUGGUCGGGAAAUAGAGACUCAAGUGGGAAAAAGAGAUAUGCAGAGGCCACCGACAGAUUGAAUGAGUGGAGAUAUCGUAUGGUGGGCAGGGGAAUUAAAGCAGAGCCUCUGCAACCAAUGUGGUGUCUCUUCAACCCCGGAAUGUGUAAUAUCAACCAAUAGGGUAGCAUA